AUGCCCCUUGAAGUUGACGAAACAAUACAAAAGAGAUACAUAGACCAAUUGGUCCUUGAAUACCUUAUCCAUGAGGGGUAUGAGGAAGGGGCAUUUGCCUUUGCUGAGGAGUUGAACUUGGACUUUCAAAAACUUUCAUGGCAGCAAUCACUUACUCCCAGUAACAACGAUCAAGUAAGUUCGACUUCAUUAAAUCAGCCCACUCGCCAUAGCAUAUUGCAAAAAAACUUGAAUCAAAUCAGCAAGCUUCCUGACCAUGACUUUUCAGAUGUAAUUUUGAAUUACUAUAGCAAUAUAAAGUACCACCAGCCUCGAGACCAUCACAACAACGACAGCAACAUGAAUGAAAUGUCAACAUUGCCCUACACGGGAAACAUCAAGAUAGCUUCUGGAUACUCUACAAUCAGUCAACGACAGGAGAUCAAACGAUUAAUAUUGAAUGGGGAAAUCACAAUGGCGAUAACUAAAAUAAGUCAAUGGUUCCCAACCAUACUUGAUUCAAAUAACCUUCUUCACUUCAAAUUGUUACGCCUCAAUUUGAUAGAGAUGAUAAGAAGCCACAAAUUCUCGUCACAUCUGGAAUCCGAUGAAAGAGGGUUUUUAAGUGAGAUUUUGACCUUUGUGAGGUGCAAUUUGAUUAAUAAAAUCUCCAACCUGCAUAAACUAUUGAAGGAGCUAGAGUUCACAAUGAGUCUCUUGUGCUUUAGGUUUGAUCCUUCUAUUGAGGACUUGAGCGAUCAAAAGGAGCUUCCGUUAGAAUUGAGAAAUUUCUUUAAUAUAAAUUUACGAAAUCAGGUAUUUCGAUUGGUUAAUAAGGAGAUUUUGCGAAUGUAUGAAGUAAAGAGUUUUAAUGAUUACAAUCAGGGAUACGAAGAAGGUGAGCUAAUAAAAGAUGUCAAAGUUAAACUUGGGAAUGUUGAUGAGAUUGUGCCGGGGAAGGAUAAUGAAAGUAUAUAUGAGUCAAAAACGAAAUCCAUCGUUUAUACCGGUCCAAGUUAUGAGAGCUUUGCUUUCGAGGACCUUGAGUCUUUCAAUGACGAUGGGUUUGAUUCCGAUCUCGAUGACCUAGAUGAUGAGAUCACAGAUUGGGAGCAGUUAGUUGAUAUGAACCUGAGUCAGCAAAUUACCAAACCGUCAUCAGAACUAUAUACUGGCGAGAAAUUGAUCCGCAAAGACACCACUGCCACAAAUGAGGAUGAGACGGAGAGUUUAGUCGGCUUAGCGUUGGAAAGCAAGUUGGAAUGUCUUGUCAAAUUGUUUGUUUUGACGGAGAAGAAAUUACAAUCAAUACAAUCAUCCGCUGGUCAUACAUUCAAUAUCGAGGAGAGUGAUUUAGUCCUUUAA